AUGGUUUGGAUUUGUUUCCGAAGGGAGUGUUUCGCGUUAAUUAAUUUAUGUGCAGUGGCGAAAAUAUCAAAGGAGGUGGCUCUUUGUGAUGAUUAUAGUUUACCGGUAGAUCAUCUUAACAAAAGGAGGCCUAAUAGUAUUGCAGCUCCUAGUCUUUCAGAAUGGAACGUAUCCAGUCCAAAUGAAGAAAAAGUAAAGCUUAUAUGUGACGCAUUCAACCUGUUCGGCUUCCAUCAAUUCGACUCAAUCAACAACCGGGUGAAUGACAAUAUCCUUGAUCUAGUCUUUUCUAACUGUGAUACUUCCGUUUCUAACUGUGAUAUUAAUUUAGUUAACUGUGAUUCCUACCACCCAGCACUUAGUGUAGCGCUUCACACCCACCAAGGUUUCUUCAAGUGUGAUGACUCGAAUCAACAACCAGUCUACAAAUUCAAUUUCUCGAAGGCUCCUUAUGAUCAAAUCAAUGACUACAUUCGUUCCGUGGACUGGCAUUCACUAUUUUUCAAUGGAGAUUUGGAAUCAAAUGUUGAAAACUUUUACACAGUCAUCUACGACAUUUUAAAUGUAUGUGUUCCAAAAAUUAAAUGUUUUAAAUCAACGUACCCGCCAUGGUUUAGUAGUAAACUACAUAAGCUGAUUAGGGAUAAGAAGCUUGCCCACAAAACAUAUAAAGCAUCUAAGAGCAACAUCGAUUAUCAAGUUUUUACCGAGUUGCGAACUCAGUGUAAAUCCUUGACCACACAGUGCUAUGACACCUUUAUUAAAACCUGUGAAGAAAAUGUUACUUUAAAUCCGAAGUCGUUCUGGAAAUUUUAUCAUAAUAUGAACAAAACUUCUAUUAUCCCUCCUUUGAUGAUAAAAGAUGAUGAGUCCACAUCUGACCGUCGUGAAAUUGCCAAUCAUUUUGCCAAACACUUUUCUACAGCUUUCGUGGAGGGCCGCAUUCACGAAAAUUCGUUCUCCACGACCAGUGAAAUCGCGCUCGCUCAGUUCAAAAUAACGGCUGAGGAGGUUUUUGGCGGUCUAUCAGCUAUUGAUGAAUUUGGAAGCACAGGACCGGAUGAAAUUCCACCAAAAUUUCUCAAGAACUGUGCUCAAUCAAUAUUCCGACCAUUGUUCCUUUUAUUUUCAUCUUCGUUGGAGAAAAGUGUUUUUCCGAGUGCCUGGAAGAAUUUGAAAAUUACACCGAUUUUCAAGAAUGGAAUCAAGCCCGAUUACAAUAACUACAGACCAAUAUCCAUCCAGUCGGCUAUACCGAAACUUUUCGAAUCCAUAGUUGUCCGGCAGUUCACCCAGGCCUUCUCGCAAGUGUUAUCGGUUAAUCAACAUGGUUUUACAAAAGGAAGAUCCGUGGAAACAAACCUGUUUCUAUACUUGAACCGGAUUUUUGGUUCUCUUGAUCAAGGUAUUGAAGUGCACUCGAUCUACACAGAUUUUUCCAAAGCAUUUGACCGGGUAACCAAGCAGUGA